AUGGGGUUCACGUGCUCAUUUGUGCACCCUUUCUUCUGUAGGGGACAAGGUUCAGUCCAUCCGCCUUCCCCACAGAAUGAAGACUUCCAGACUGGGACACGGCGAGUGGCUAGUGGCUGGGGCAAGGUAUCUGAGGCUGGGGUGCUGGCUCCUGUCCUGCAGGACAUGAAGCUGCCCCUCAUUGACAGCUAGACCUGCAGCAUGCUGCUGAGGGGCAUGAACCAGCUGCCUGUGCAAGGAUCCAUGCUGUGCGCUGGCUUUCCUGAUGGUGGAAGGGGUGUGUGCAAGAUUAAACAAGCACAACUGAAUGAGCAGGGAUGGUGCCAGGCCCCUGUGACUGGAGAGAAGCAAACAAGGGGUGACUCUGGAGGCCCCCUUGCAUGUCUGAGGACUGGUGGUACCUGGACUCUGGCCAGCGUGGUGUCCUGGGUGGUCAAUUGUGCCAGAGGAUGGGAUACCCUCAAGGGAAGCACCAUGGCUUGGGGCUCACCAGACAUCUUCUUUUGGGUGGCUGCAUUUGUGCAUUUCAUAGCCCAGCACAUGGCACCAGCAGAAUGCAGUUCCAAAUGUGUCCUGCUCUUUGGAGAAAGUGGCUGCAUUUGGUGCCCCCAGGCUUUGGAGAAUAACUACCCUGACAACAGCCUGUGCACCUGGAAUAUAACAGUGCCAGAGGACAAGAUCAUCUUGAUGCACUUCACCAAAUCAGAUGUAGAGUACCAAGCUGGAUGUAACUGUGAUUAUGUGUCCCUCUAUUCAAAUGGAAGAGAGCUGAUCACCCCACUGCUGGCCGGGUCAGACCAGACCACCAUUACAUUUGUUUCUGUUGGGAGCAACACUGGCUGUGGCUUUGAGCUCACCUUCAUGGCUGUCCUUAAGGACUCUGCAGCAGGUUCGGGAUGUGGGAGUGUUGCAAUGUUAGUGGAAGAGGGGAAGAUUGAUGCUGCUAAUUACCCUGGCUUGUAUCCCAGGAACACAAAGUGCCACUGGCUCAUUGAGGCUCCAGCAGAGUAUGUCGUAAAGCAGGAGUUUGAAGACUUUGCUGAGGAACUUAGCCUGGGCUGCAUUUAUGAUGCAGUAAGUGUUUAUAGUGAUGAAGAAGAAGAAAACCAGUUGCCUUAUGCAGUCCUGAAGCUCCUUGGAGACUACCAGUGCCAUGGGGCUGUCAUCAACCCCACAUAGCUGCUGACAACCACCCACUGUGUGUAGCUAUCCAAUAAACCCUUGCACUGGACUUUGACAGUAGGAGACCAUGACAGAGCCCUGAAAAAGUCAACAGAACAGUAUGCUUUCAGGAUGCACUUAGAGGGCAGCUCCCCUCCCCAUACUUCUCUGCCCUGGUCACCGGUGAAACAGGUGAAAACCAUCGUGGUGCAUCCCCACUUUGUCAUGCUGAGUUAUGACUCUGACAUCACACUGGUACAGCUAGAUGUCCCUCUGGAGUGCAAGCUGCUGAGGCCAGUGUGUCUCCCCAGCAGCACAAGAUGUUAUUGGUCUUCCGUCUGCACUGUGUCUGGAUGUGGGAUCAUUGACGUAGAUGGGAGCCAAUCUAGGCUGUUGCAGGAGACACAAGUGCCUGUACUUGAGAAUGAAAUCUGUGAAAAUUACUACUUCAGUAACCCUGGAGGGAUCACACCCAGGAUGCUUUGUGCUGGCUUUGUUUCUUUGGGAAGCCAGAACUCUCGUCAGAGCGUGCUGCAGUGCGCUGGAGGCCUCAGCACAGGAGCAGCCGGCGAAGCUGCCCACAAAGCUAACGGGAAAGAUGUGCACGCAGGGUGA